CCUACAGCCUAUGCUUUGGUAACACCUUUUUGUUUCUCCUCUCUGUCCUUGUCUCCCCCCUGCCCUCACCCUGCCUCAGGAGCUAGAAGUCAUCUUGGAGCGGCGCGGGGUCGUGGAUGGCCUUGACUGACGGCGGCUGGUGCCUGCCGAAGCGCUUUGGGGCGACGGCUGUAGACGCCAGCGAUUCCCGGGCCUUUCCAGCGCGGGAGCCCUCCACGCCGCCGUCCCCCAUCUCCUCCUCUUCCUCCUCCUGCUGCUCCCGGGGUGGGGAGCGCGGCCCCGGCGGCGCCAGCAACUGCAGGACGCCGCAGCUCGACACGGAGGCGGCGGCGGCGGGACCCCCGACCCGCUCGCUUCUGCUCAGCCCCUACGCCUCGCAUCCCUUCGGGCCCCCCCACGGACCUUCGGCGCCGGGGGUCGCUGGCCCUGGGAGCGCCCUGUCGAGUUGGGAGGACCUGCUGCUCUUCACUGACCUCGACCAGGCCGCGACCGCCAGCAAACUGCUGUGGUCCAGCCGCGGCGCCAAGCUGAGCCCCUUCGCACCCGAGCAGCCGGAGGAGAUGUACCAGACCCUCGCCGCUCUCUCCAGCCAGGGGCCGGCCGCUUACGACGGCGCGCCCAGCGGCUUCGUACACUCGGCGGCCGCCGCUGCAGCAGCCGCGGCCGCGGCCAGCUCCCCGGUCUAUGUGCCCACCACCCGCGUGGGCUCCAUGCUGCCCGGCCUGCCGUACCUGCAGGGAGCGGGCAGUGGACCCGCCAACCACGCGGGCGGCGCGGGCGCGCAUCCUGGCUGGCCGCAGGCCUCGACCGACAGCCCCCCAUAUGGCAGCGGAGGCGGCGCAGCAGGCGGCGGGGCCGCGGGGCCUGGCAGCGCUGGCUCGGCCGCGGCGCACGUCUCGGCGCGCUUUCCCUACUCGCCUAGCCCGCCCAUGGCCAACGGCGCGGCGCGGGAGCCUGGGGGCUACGCGGCGGCUGGUGGCGGUGGUGCGGGCGGCGUGAGCGGAGCUGGGGGCAGCAGCCUGGCGGCCAUGGGUGGCCGCGAGCACCAGUACAGCUCGCUGUCCGCCGCGCGGCCGCUGAACGGGACGUAUCACCACCAUCACCACCACCACCCCAGCCCCUACUCACCCUACGUGGGUGCACCGCUGACGCCCGCCUGGCCUGCCGGACCCUUUGAGACCCCGGUGCUACACAGCUUGCAGAGCCGUGCCGGAGCUCCGCUCCCGGUGCCGCGGGGCCCCAGUGCAGACCUGUUGGAAGACCUGCCCGAAAGUCGCGAGUGCGUGAACUGCGGCUCCAUUCAGACGCCGCUAUGGCGGCGAGACGGCACCGGCCACUACCUGUGCAACGCCUGCGGCCUCUACAGCAAGAUGAACGGUCUGAGCCGGCCCCUCAUCAAGCCUCAGAAGCGCGUGCCUUCUUCCCGGCGGCUUGGAUUGUCCUGUGCCAACUGUCACACCACAACCACCACUUUGUGGCGCAGGAACGCUGAGGGCGAGCCAGUGUGCAACGCUUGUGGCCUCUACAUGAAACUCCACGGGGUGCCUCGACCUCUUGCAAUGAAAAAGGAGGGAAUUCAAACCAGGAAACGAAAACCUAAGAACAUAAAUAAGUCAAAGGCUUGCUCUGGUAAUAGCAAUAAUUCUGUUCCCAUGACUCCAACUUCCACCUCUUCUAAUUCAGAUGAUUGCAGCAAAAAUACUUCCCCUACAACACAACCUACAGCCUCAGGGGCGGGUGCCUCGGUGAUGUCUGGUGCUGGAGAGAGCACUAAUCCUGACAACAGCGAGCUCAAGUACUCAGGUCAAGAUGGGCUGUACAUAGGCGUCAGCCUGGCCUCUCCGGCUGAAGUCACGUCCUCGGUGAGACAGGAUUCCUGGUGCGCCCUCGCCCUGGCCUGAGCCAUGCUGGGCGGAGCAGAGGGCGCCUGCAGGGCCCCGCUGGAACGGACCU